UGCACUGUCUCAGAUAUAAUUUCUUUAAUUGCAAAGAAGAUGAAAAGGAAUUUUGCUUUUGGGUGGAAAAAGUUGUGGUUGAAACUCAUGAUUUUAAUGGAUCUAUCUGGAAAUGCUUUGAAAACUCCACACCUGUUGAUGCCCCUUCCCCACCCUCAACAGUUAUUUAACCCGUGAGAACAAAUGGAAAUCUUUUUAAGGUUUUUGCCAAGGCACAUGGGUUUGCAAUUCCACGUAUCUGUUUAACUUUUGCUGAAACGUUGCAUCCCCGUCUGCUUGGAACUUCACAGAGGGCUUAUUGUUCUAGCAACGGGGGAUAAGCACUUAUGUGUGCAUGGGCAUUAGAAAAGGCUCAUUUAUGAUCAUAUUUUUAAAUCUGUCAUUUUUUUAGAAAUAUGGUUUUUACAGUGGGAGGAAUUACAAGGGAAUCCUUGUCUGUGUCUCUGAGAAGUUGUGUUUCAUCGGAUUUAACUACUCAAACCAGAAAGCAUGUGCACUUGUAAAAUGUAUGCAGGUCACUGGUAGUGGGGCUGUAAAGUGUAGAACUAUCUUGAGGCAGGCUUUACGUAUUUUUCUGGUAGAAUAAAACUGUUGCAUAGUUCUGCUUUAUGUAAAGCCUUUUAGGUUAUCUAAACUUCUGUGUAAAAUUGAUGGCUAUUGUGAAGGGUUGGUGGCAGACAGGGACUACUCAAAUAUCAAGGGAGCUAUUGCAUUCCUCUUAUUGAGGUUCUUUUAUUACAAGCCAGAAGCUAAAAGCUAGCAUCAGGCUCCUUUUGGUUUUGAGAUACUACCAAGUGGUGUUUGUGAGGAUGGCUUUCAAAAUUUAUAUAAAGAAAACUUCAAAGGACUUUUUUUAAACUUUUGUAGGAGGCAAGUCUAGAUAGACGGGGGCAGGUGAAAAAGGCAGAAGGCUCUGCUUUUUUUUUGUUUGUGUUUUUUUUUGUCUUGUUUUGUUUUUUCUUCUUUUUUUUUUUUUCCUGGGGACUUAACCUGACUGAAAUGCCAGAAGUCUGACUCUAAACCUUUAAGUCCAGGCAAUAAUCUAUUGCUUCUUGGACUCCACAAAUAGGUCAUGAAACGCGUACGCACAGAACAGAUUCAGAUGGCAGUGUCCUGCUACCUCAAGCGCCGUCAGUAUGUGGACUCAGAAGGUCCCCUAAAACAAGGGCUGAGGCUGUGUCAGACUGCUGAAGAGAUGGCAGCUAAUCUCACAGUCCAAUCUGAAUCUGGUUGUGCCAACGUUGUAUCUGCAGCUCCCUGUCUGGCAGAGCCACAGCAAUAUGAAGUACAAUUUGGACGAUUACGCAAUUUUCUCACAGAUUCAGAUUCUCAGCACAGCCAUGAAGUGAUGCCUCUUCUGUAUCCCCUCUUCGUCUACCUCCAUCUGAACAUGGUCCAGAAUGGCCUAAAAAGCACAGUGGACAGUUUUUACAGCCGCUUCCAUGGCAUGUUCUUGCAGAAUGCCAGCCAGAAGGAUAUCAUUGAGCAGUUGCAGACUACCAUGACUAUUCAAGAUAUCCUGUCCAACUUGAAGCUCCGGGCUUUUCUGGACAACAAGUACGUCAUCCGCCUUCAAGAGGACAGCUACAACUACCUUCUUCGCUACCUCCAAAGUGACAACAACAACGCCCUGUGCAAAGUCCUGACCCUGCACAUUCACCUGGAUGUGCAGCCUGCCAAGAGGACUGACUACCAGCUCUACGCCGGUGGGAGCUCCUCGCGCAACGAGAGCAACGGCCUGGAACCCAGCGACGUGCCAGCUUCCAUUCUGCAGAACGAGGCGGCGCUGGAUUUACUGCAGGACAGCAUUAAACGUGUCAAGGACGGGCCACCUUCCUUAACAACCAUCUGCUUCUAUGCCUUCUAUAACACGGAGCAGCUGCUGAACACUGCAGAGAUCUCACCAAAUAGCAAGCUGCUUGCUGCUGGGUUCGAUAAUUCAUGUGUGAAGCUGUGGAGCCUGCGUUCCAGGAAGUUAAAAUCUGAGCCCCACCUCGUUGAUGUGUCCCGCAUCCGUCUGGCUUGUGACAUCCUGGAUGAGGAGGAGGAAGAGGACGACAGCGCAGGCACAGAAAUGAAGAUUCUGAGAGGACACUGUGGACCUGUGUACAGCACGAGGUUUCUUUCAGACAGUUCGGGACUCUUAUCUUGUUCUGAGGACAUGUCCAUCAGAUACUGGGACCUCGGAAGUUUUACAAACACUGUGUUGUACCAAGGUCAUGCCUAUCCUGUCUGGGAUUUGGAUAUUAGCCCCUGCAGCCUGUACUUUGCCAGUGGUUCCCACGAUCGCACUGCAAGGCUCUGGUCAUUCGAUCGGACGUACCCGCUGCGAAUAUACGCAGGCCAUUUGGCGGACGUAGACUGCGUCAAGUUCCACCCCAAUUCCAACUACUUAGCGACGGGCUCUACAGACAAAACGGUGCGCUUGUGGAGCACGCAGCAAGGCAACUCGGUGCGUCUUUUCACCGGGCACCGUGGCCCCGUGCUAGCGCUUGCAUUUUCUCCCAAUGGUAAGUACCUGGCAUCAGCAGGUGAAGACCAGCGGCUAAAGCUGUGGGACUUGGCAUCAGGAACUCUUUACAAAGAACUGAGGGGGCACACGGACAACGUAACCAGCCUUACUUUUAGCCCUGACAGUAGUUUAAUUGCUUCAGCGUCGAUGGACAAUUCAGUCCGGGUCUGGGACAUUCGGAACACUUACUGCAACGCCCCUGCGGAUGGGUCUUCCAGUGAACUGGUUGGUGUAUAUACCGGACAAAUGAAUAAUGUACUGAGCGUACAGUUUAUGGCCUGUAAUCUUCUUCUAGUGACUGGAAUUGCACAAGAAAAUCAGGAACAUUAAUUUCUUUUUUUUUUUUUUUUUUUUUUUUUUUUUAUCUUAGGGAAGUGGGUGGGUGUAUUGAAUGCCAGAGUCCAUUGCAAGCUGAGAUUACUGACUGUGAAACACUUCUCUUCCUCUGCCCCCUUGAGAGGCAUGUUCAGAGUGAUGCAAAUGCUUUAAAAUGUCUUGCCCACAAAAAGGCCUGUACUGUUGAACAGAAUAAGGAGAAAGGGAAGAGUGUUGAAAAUAUGUAUACAUUCUAAUCUUGUACUUGUAGGGAUGGGGAAAAGGGGAGUAAAUCCGGUAGCUUGGGGAAACCAAAAGCCUGGUCCAGACAAGUGAAACUGCCAACCAGAUAAGCUGCUGACCUGCACUUAAAUAUCCUGCAUUGAUUGAUGGGCACAUCUUACCUACUGUUAACUGAGGCUUGAGUGUGUGGAGGACUACUGGCCCAGUGUUUUUUGUUUUGUUUUGCUUUUGUUUUCUUGGUAUUGAAGAGGACCAGCAUUUUUAAGACCCUUCUAUUGAGAGAACCUCAUGUAUUUUCUACAGUGAUAGGGGUCCUAAAUAUUACAGCUCCCUUAUAGCACUUCUGGAAUAUUUUGAACUAGCUAAGUAGAAAAUACCAUCUUUCCUUUUAGUAAGGGGGUGGAAGUCUGACCUCAGUUGGGGCCCAUCUCUGCAUUGUCACUUGGGUUUGGUUCCUGGUACUAGCUGUGAUACUUGUAUUUAUGUUCCAUUAAUUAGGAAUCUUUCUGAAUCUGGUUGCACUGUGUUUUGAGGAUGGGAGGACAGUGAGGGUAGAGCGGUGGCUUUAAGGGUAAUAAAUGACUUGCCUUGUCUGGAGGGAGGGCACAAUAGAACUGAAGCAGCUAAGUUUGGACUCCUAAUGGAAGCGAGGCAUGUCGGUCCACCACUGCACCUCACAGAAAUAUUUCCGUAAAUGGAAGUUGGCAGUCUAGGGGAGGGGGGACAGGGAGAGACAGACACACAAAGUGACAUGAGAAAGAAUAGUAUUACUAAAUUAUUGUGUGUACACAGAGACAGCUCUGCCAGUGUUGGAAUUUUCUCAAAACGUUGCAAUAUCAGUUUCGUGAACACUUUGUGAGAUAAAUCAUCAGCAUUUACAACAAGGGUCUGUGGAAAAAGCACGUUCUAGUUUGUCAUUUGGAGAGAUUAAAUAUUUCUGCUUUCUGGAAA